AUGGCGACAAUUACGAAGAGAGUUCGGCUCUGGAACGCCACGAAAAAAUAUCUUCAAGAGCUCAACCAGUUCCCAUUAACCAAGGAUGAUGUUGUCUUGCCUCUUUUACGCGAGCUACGUCGCCUCAUCCUACAGGAAGAGGUGGGUACUAUGGAUAUGGCUACAUCACCAGAAUCCUUGGUUAGCUACAUAAACUCGCGCCUAGAGGAGUUGAAGUCAGGUCGACUCGCGACAGGAAGCAGCUCCCAUAGGGCUAAUAGCAGCCAUUCAUACCCAAUACAUGCCAAUCCGGACACCAUUGAAACCCAAGUUACAGACGGUGGUAGCACGUCAGAUGACGACUCGGAAUCCCCAAGCAGUGAUAACGAUAAUAGCAACGGCAGUGCUGAAGGGGUUAUCGACGUAACCCAACCAGCUCUGGUGGACCCAUUGGAUACAAUCAGCGGGCGAUUGCCGCAAUAUCCAAAUAUCUUCGAUAUCGAAGCCACGGAUACGAUGGAUGACUCAGAGCUCUACAGGGCGCUAGAGCCCGGGCAGCUUGCCGGUAUAGACACCAGCAGUCUCCUUGCUAGUGGCAACACAUCCACAGGGACGGCGGAUGGACCAGAAGGCGACAGCGCGCUAGAAGCUGGUGACGUUAUGGAUAUAACGCCUGGGCAGCUUAACAACCUAGACGCAAGCGAACCCUUCGCUAGCAUGGGCGGCCCGGACGACGGAGCGUUCGGUUUAGAUGUGUGGAACCUAAUGAAUGAGGUGUUGCCGCCGGGAUUGGACCAAGAGCCCAGUGAUCCCAUAACCGCCGGGACACUAGGGAGUAGUUUCAUCCCUCUCUUUUACCCGCAAUAUCCAAUGGCCACACCGCCAUCGUCUGGUCAGCGAGGCGGACUGUUGGCUGACACGGCGGAGAACCCUGGCAUCGGUUCCCACGAAGACUUUGAUCCCCCGGAAACUAGGGACCAACAACCCAGCGCUAGCCCCUGUGAAGGACCCACGGCCUCUAAUUAUACACUGCCCCAAAGCUCUCUGGGCUCUCCCGCCCAGGAUAUUGAACUUCCCUACUACACGGACAUGGUGGGACUAUCCAAGGCGAUCGAGGGCAUCCCACCCACAUCACAAUAUAAUCUCGACUGGGGUCUGAUUACCCGCCAAGACCUUUCGGACUAUCUACAGUGCUUCCAGCUGGCGGAGCGGGUAACGAGUGCUCUCGUUAACUAUUCCAGCAAGAAACUAUCACAGACUAAGGGUAUAUUGGCAUUGGAUAGCAGCUGGUGCUCCGAUGACACACUGCUAUACACACCGCAACAUAUUAAGCACUCAGCCGCCGCCCUGGCACCUUACUGUCACGCUGAGCACUGGUCACUAAUCUAUGUUGUUUUCGCAGAUGGCUGCAUCACCCACUAUAUCUCCCCAAACUCGGGAGAUAGUGAUCGCUCGCCUUCAGAGAAAGACUGUGACUAUUGCAUAAAGGUCACGUCUAUCCUCGCAUCCUUGCGAGUGUCUCAGGGCCUGCAAGUGCCUGCGUGGAAGUUUAAACACCCUAGCUACCAGUGGCAGGAUGGUGGCGGCGAUUGCGGUGCCCCUAUGCUGUGGCUCAUGCGGCUCUUGGCUGCGGGUCGAGAUGAGGCUGAGCCCCUCCCCGAGGAUUAUCGAUUUAUACUUGCCUCAGAGAUUCUAGAAGAUAUCAGGAGCUACCGCCAGAAGCAGGCGCUACGCAGAGCUAUUGGCGGUCAUGGUUAUAACAGCGCAAAACGGAAAUUCAACUCAUGUCAUUCAGCGUCUAGCAAUGACGAGUUACCCGAGACUCCGUCCCAUUCUACCAGGGAAAAGUUGAUUGCCUCUACCUGGAAAACGCUUCCCAAGCCGUACGGAUCGACGGCCAACUUACACAAAGAGUGGUGCAGGCUCUCUCGGUUAUGUCUGAGCGGCACUACCCUUGACAAACUAGAGCGCGCUAGUCGGCUAUUACAGCUAGUCAUCAACAUUGCCUCCCAAGACGUGUUUAUAGGGCUAAAGCAUAAUGUGGCACAUCUAAGAUCACAGUCGCAACGGCGAUCGGCCUUUACCAAUGAUAUCCAUGGUAUCUACAGUUCAGGCGUCUGGCAUACUGGAAACAAGGAGUCGUCAACUAUAAGCUUGCGACUAAUCAGCUGGUAUAUCUAUGAUGAGAUCACCAAUUCAGCUUCUAGCCUUCAGAAGAGGGGUGCGAUCACGGACGCUAGAUCCGCAUUAGUAGACAAGAUACAUAAAAAUCUUCCAGAGACCCUGCGUGAAGAUGUUGAAGACAAAAUAAAAAAAUGGUAUCACCAGGGUCGUGAGUGGUCGCAGAUUGUGAAGGAUAUCGGAAACGUGGGCGUGCUUUUCUUCCUCCCGCGCGACGUGAAUAUAUUCCCGAACGAGAAAACUAUUGGGUGUAAUGAAUAUCGAGAUCUCAAGGCCUCUGAGAGUAAGGAGCUAAAGAAUAUUUUCGAUUUCGUUAGGCCGUACUUCAGGCCACAGCUCCCUAAGGAUUUCAGCGACAUGUUUAUUUAUCGCAAGGUCACCUCCAAGGUCUUUCAAAUAGAGCUUUGGACUGACGAGAGUAUCUCUCGCUUAGAGUUAGAUUCCCCUAAAUUUCUCCAAGCGUUUGAAUGGGCGGAUAUCGAUGAGCAGAGCGAUAGAGCAGUUUAG